CAUUCAUUCCUUUACCCUCCAUCUUCACAAUCUUGCCUUCUCUUCCUCUUACCAGUUCAGUUAGCACCAUUCCGCAGCCUCCUCCGUCGCUCUCGGUACCGCCGCCGCCGUCGCCGUCUCCACAACCCUUCUUCACGGACUUCCCUACCCUCUCUUCGUCUUAGUGUGAAAACGCAGCACAAUUCCAUAAUGCAGUCGAUCGAAGCCUCCACUUCUAUGGAAGUAGAAACAAUUUCAACUCAAACAAAAAAUGUAGUUAGCACAUUGCCACCAAAACCACAGUUUGAUCCUCUAAAGCCUCAUGAGAUGAAUGAUGGUCGAGUUCAGUUCCGAAAAGUCUCCGUUCCUCCACAUCGAUAUUCCCCUCUUAAGAAAGCAUGGAUGGAUAUUUAUACCCCAAUUUUUGACCAGAUGAAAAUUGACAUCCGAAUGAACCUCAAGGCCCGGAAAGUCGAGUUGAAAACCAGAGCAGACACACCUGACAUCAGUAACUUGCAGAAGUGUGCAGAUUUUGUUCAUGGUUUCAUGCUUGGUUUCGAUGUGAUUGAUGCCAUUGCACUCUUACGGGUUGAUGAACUCUAUGUGGAAUCUUUUGAGAUUAAAGAUGUUAAAACGCUACGAGGCGAGCACUUGUCUCGUGCCAUAGGAAGAUUGUCUGGUAAAGCUGGUAAGACAAAAUUCGCCAUCGAAAAUGCCACGAAGACAAGAAUAGUUAUUGCAGACACCAAGAUUCACAUAUUAGGAUCCUUUGCAAAUAUCAAGAUUGCUAGGGAUUCUCUUUGCAGCCUCAUUUUAGGGUCUCCUGCUGGAAAAGUUUAUUCAAAACUAAGGGCAGUCACAGCCAGAUUGGCUGAAAGGUUUUGAUCUUAUAGUAAUUCAUGUGAGUUUCUCUUGAUUAGUGAUUUUUGCGUACACCAGUUGUUUGAUGAUGAGUGUAAAACUUUGUCGAAAAGCUUAUGCAUUGAAGUUUUGUCCGAGAUACCGUUAAUCAAUCGAUCGAUUUUCUCAAACUGGGUAUCAGGUGAUUGGCCAUUGCUGGUGUCGUUUUAGGUUCGUAUGUUGCAAAUGUGUUGAUUGAUUGGAGUGAACAUUGAUAUCCAUUUGGGUCUACUUUAAAAGUGUGCUUCAUUUUAUGAAAGAAAGAGGGGAGUUCAGCUUUUUCUGCAUAA